GCAGUUUGUAAUGAAGAGGCCCAUCAUUAUUCACUAAACACAGAGUUUCCCCUGAAAACAAGUUGGAGCCGCUGAAACACUCUACUGCCCGGAAAUCCUUGCCACCAGUAAUCGUUGCCGGAGUUGGUCGUCAACCGCCACCAGAAAUUCGUCCAGAGAAAUGAGAUUCGGAGUAGCUCUCAGGAACAUUUUACGCCCACUCUCACUCUCGUCGUCGUCAACGCCUGUAACUUCACAAAUCUCCACCACACUUCCAUUUCAUGCCUCUUACUGCAAACCACCACCACAAUUCCUUCUUCCAUUUUUGAACCACUUUCACAGCUUGACAGACACUCGUUUUCCCAAGAGACGACCUUCUGAUAAGCCUCGUCGAAAGCGGGCUAGCUUGAGACCCUCUGGGCCUUAUGCUUGGGUUGAGCACACAACUGGUGAAACUAUACUUCCCAAUAAGCCUAAUGAGGGGAGUGUCAAGAGGAGGAAUGAGAAGAAACGCAUGAGGCAGCGCCGUGCCUUUAUACUCGAGGAAAAAAAGAAAAGGAAAGCUCAGAUGCAAGAGGCUCAGCGGAGGAAAAACAUUAAGAAGGUAGAGCGUAAAAUGGCUGCUGUUGAAAGGGAAAGAGAGUGGGCAGUAAGACUGGUCGAAUUGAAGGGGCUUGAGGAAGAGAAGAAAAAGUCUACGGCUUAAAUUUGUGUAGGACCUCAUCUGCAAUUGGUAAUACUGGUCAAGUUUUUGGGCCUCUUAAUAAUUUGAACCCGCGACAAUACGUAAUCUUCAAUUUGUUUAUGUUGUUGUCUAAUGAUUGAGUGACUGCUUAUUUAAAGUAAUUCUUUUCUGACACUAGGAAGUGUGAACCCUCCUCCUUACUUUUUUUGGUUCCUUGUUACUCUGCACGGGUGUUAAGACUGUCUGUAGUAACAUCAUAUGUGGGUUUAGAUCUUUCCCUAUGCAUGAUGAUGAGCUUGUAUCUUCCAUCUACAUGUCUCAUAAAAUUUUAAUUUUCAAAUACAGUAUUGGUUUCUAUUUGGUCCAUGUCAUGUUACUGUUUUGUGUAAUAUAUGGUUUUGAAGUGA